AUUCUGAGCAGAGAAAGAAAGAAAGAAAGGAAACACUAUUGAAGAUGGCAGGUGGAUCUUUUGGUCCAACUGGUGUGGCUAAAGAGAGAGCCGAUCAAUAUCAAGGCAAGGUUACCUCUUACGUGAUUGUUUCCUGUUUGGUGGCUGCAAUCGGCGGUUCUAUUUUCGGUUAUGACAUCGGAAUUUCAGGAGGAGUGACAUCCAUGGAUGGAUUCCUCCAGAAAUUCUUCCCAACUGUAUACAAAAGCAAAAGUCAUCAUCACGAGAAUAACUAUUGCAAGUACAAUAACCAAGGCCUAUCGGCAUUUACUUCUUCUCUAUAUCUUGCUGGUUUAGUUUCAUCAUUGGUUGCAUCUCCGAUUACGAGCAAGUUUGGACGUCGAGGAAGUAUAAUAUGUGGGGGUGUCAGUUUCAUAGUUGGCGCCACUUUGGAUGCUUCGGCUGUGAAUCUAACCAUGCUUAUUUUAGGAAGAAUCAUGCUUGGUGUCGGCAUUGGAUUUGGAAACCAGGCGGUGCCUGUAUACUUAUCGGAGAUGGCUCCACAUCAUCUGCGAGGAGGAUUGAACAUGAUGUUUCAGCUGGCAACUACACUAGGAAUCUUCACUGCAAACAUGAUCAAUUUUGGUACAGAAAAAAUCAGACCAUGGGGAUGGAGGGUCUCCCUGGGAUUGGCAGCUGCACCGGCUCUCAUGAUGACAGUUGGAGGUAUUCUCCUUCCUGAGACACCCAAUAGCUUAAUCGAAAGAGGGUUAAUCGAGAAAGGAAGAAUAGUUCUAGAGAAAAUUAGAGGAACCAGCAAUAUACAUGCAGAAAUGCAAGACAUAGUUGAUGCAAGUGAAAUAGCAAAUUCAGUUAAGCAUCCAUUCAGAAACAUAUUGGAGAGAAGGAACAGACCUGAGUUGGUUAUGGCGAUUCUCAUGCCUACAUUCCAGAUUCUCACAGGAAUCAAUUCAAUUCUUUUUUACGCGCCAGUUUUGUUUCAGAGUAUGGGAUUUGGAGGAAAGGCUUCGCUUUACUCAUCAGCAUUGACCGGAGCAGUUCUUGCCUCGUCGACCCUAGUCUCGAUUGCUACUGUUGAUAAAUGGGGUAGAAGAAAACUGCUCAUUUGUGGAGGUAUACAAAUGAUCAUUUGUCAGGUGAUUGUAGCAGUAAUCUUGGGGGUUGAGUUCAGAAGCAACAAAGAGCUAUCGAAAGGGUUCUCGAUUUUGGUGGUGGUUGUUAUCUGUCUCUUUGUGGCGGCGUUUGGAUGGUCUUGGGGUCCACUUGGAUGGACGGUGCCAAGCGAGAUCUUCCCAUUGGAGAUAAGAUCAGCCGGACAGAGCAUAACUGUAGCUGUUAACCUUUUCUUCACGUUUGUUAUAGGCCAAUCUUUUCUUUCACUCUUGUGUGCCUUAAAAUUUGGGAUCUUCCUUUUCUUCGCUGGCUGGAUCGUAUUAAUGACAGUCUUUGUCUGGUUUUUCCUGCCCGAAACAAAGGGAGUCCCCAUAGAAGAGAUGGUCUUCUUGUGGAGGAAACAUUGGUUCUGGAAAAGGAUUGUGCCUAGAACCUAAAUAGAGAGAUAGAUACCCAAGUGUUGAUGACAAUAACUCAAUAUUAUCAUGGUAAGUUAAGUUAGCUAAAAUUAAACCAUUCUGAGUUGAUUUGUCUGUAA